AUGAUGCCUCUAAACUUUGCUUUGUGUCUGUCAUGCCUGGUAUUGGGCAGUGUAGCUCAGAAGACCGACCUGAAAUCAGCACGUUACACACAUAAAGAAAGUAGUUUUGUGUCGGCUAGCAUUGGUGACAGUGUGACUUUGCGAUGUUUCUACGACGAAGAUGCAGUGAUGUUUUACUGGUAUAAACAAACUCUGCAACAGAAACCAAGGCUCAUGUCUACAUUUUAUAAACACGAAAAAAGUGGCACCUUUCACGAUGAAUUUAAAAACAAUCCUCGUUUCACAUUAGACACCGGAAAUGGUAAAAAUCACUUGAUAAUUUCAGAUAUACAGAUUUCCGACUCAGCAACUUAUUACUGCAUGGGUAUCUCUGGAUACGAUUUUGAAUUUGUUGAGGAUGUUACUGUCAAUGUAAAAGGUUCAGGGAUAAACAUCCAAACGUUGGUCCAUCAGUCUGAGCUUUCAGCUGCAUCUGAAACCAUUCGGCCAGGAGGCUCUGCUCUGAACUGUAUUAUACACACACAUACCUAUGACAGAGGCCACAGAGUUUACUGGUUCAAAGACUCAGUAGAAUCUCAGCCUGGACUUAUUUACACCAGUGGAGUCAGAAAUGAGAAGAGGACUGAGACACAAACACACGCCUGUUUCUUUAACACACCCAUGAAAAGUCUGAAUCUGUCUGAUGCCGGGACCCACUACUGUGCUGUAGCCUCAUGUGGACACAUGCUGUUUGGAGACGGAAAAGAUUUACACUCAGUGCAUGAGGGGUAUUCUCCUGUCUUGGUGUAUUUCCUGAGUGGAGCACUGGCAUUUACCAUUAUCCUGGUGGUUAUGCUGGCAUAUGCAGCACUUAAAAUAAACAUCAAAAUGAGAUGCCAAAGCUCUCAAGGAAGAUCUGCAGUUGCCUCAGCAGAGGGUUCCCAGGAUUCAGACAACCUCCAUUAUGCUGCUUUGAGGAAUCACAAGGUCAACCGAUCCAAGAGACAACGAGACAACACAAACACCGAAUGUGUGUACUCAAGUGUCAAAUAA